GCUCACGAUCAAGGGUGUCGGGCGUUUCGCAGGUGUCGGCUGUGCUGAGUCACAUAGCCUUUCACUCUCCACUUGGGCAGCUUGGAGAGGCAAUCGUUAGUCAGUCAGACUUCUUGCAUAUCUAGGUCUUUCAACCCUUCCAAGAUUGUAUUCCAUGUUUAGAUCCUCAUCUUCGACGGAUCCUCGAUUUCUCCAAGAUGGUGACCCUGAACAAUCUCGAGUGCUCAAUCUACAUUGAAGAUUCGAGCAUCAAGCUGACAGAGUACAAUCAACGAUAUGCGGACGGCGCCGUGAAACUAUAUGUCGCAGUCCCAGCGAUCGAUGCUGCCUUCCGCAUACGCAUCAUCGCGAAUGGCUAUGUCGCUCAAGGCGUCGCCGCUUUCGUAUACAUCGAUGGUCGAUACCAAUGCAAUCGCAAUUGCAUGACUCCAGUGACAGGCGAUGGGAAGAUCGAGCUUAACCUUCGCCAGAAGGAAGAAAAAACAGCGCAGGGACAUUUCAUUGGGCGAGAUUGGCGUUUCACAAGUUUGGGCAAAGCUUCGUCGGCGGACGCUCCUGACACGAACUUUCUGGAGAAUGUUGGCACCAUCGACGUUGUUAUCCUGAGAUGUUUCUCUCCCGGACCAGUGAAUCGCAACCCACAAAUCGACACAGGUCGGAAGAUAAGGUCCGAUGUCAAAGUCCCACAUGCUGCGGCAUUAGAUGGCACUGCUGAUGAGGCAGAAAAAUUCGGUCCGACCUGGCAUCAUUUGCUACCGCAGGGCGACGGGCCUGGGGAUGAUGCUUAUCGGAUACCGAGCCUGCGUAAGCAUGAAUAUACCACAGGCAUACCAUCUCACUCAGCUGUCCGGCCUGGGCACAGCUUCGCACAGCAAACGAAAAUGCCUGCUCAUGAUGAAAUACGUCCUGCUGCUGCGGGUUCCCUCGCUCAGGACAAUCAGCCUCCCGACAGCGACAAGAUGCGGGAGGAUGAAGAGCGUUUGAUCACAAUACAGAGAUAUUUCAACGACAUUGAGACUACAGCAGCCACUUUUCGGACCGUCAUCGAUAGCAUUGGAUUUCUGGAGAAUGCCAUAGAGCAAGCACGUUCUAAAGCACCAGCUAAAACUCAAAGCUUGAAUAAUGAGCGAGAAAAGGCGAUUGGGACAAGGGACUAUCUCGGAGGAAAUAUUGGCGACCUACUUCACGCAGUCUUGAGUCAUAUGUCUCAACUCAACUUCUAUGAAUCAUGGCGCGCCUGCCGUGAUUGCAUCGUUCAGGCCGGUUGGUUGAAGGCAGAUCAUCCAGACCUUCAAUCAACGGACGGAUCGAGACCCGGCUUGACAGGAUUUCAUCACACGGACCUAGAAGGACAGCACAACAGAUCUUUCCAAGAUCAACCACAGGGUCCGUCGAAGCGUCUCAACAAUUGGCUUUACGAACAACAGCCAACUGUUCAGCACGAAACAAGACCAGAGAGAGAACAUCACAACGAUUGGCUUCAUCAACAGCAGUGGAAAGGUCUGCAUGACAGAGCUUCACAACGGUCCUGGGGGAGCCAACGGGACUCCAACCAUGGCAAGAGCAACUAUGUUCAGUCAGAAAAGGAUCACUGGGAAAAGGCACAGAGCGUUAAUCAAACAUCACACGAUGUAUGGCAAGCUGAUACAAAUCCAAAUAAAUUGCACUGUACAGCCAGCAAACAUGAUCCGCCACUCACCGAUGGCAACAACAGCUGGGGCCGGCACUUGGAUGAGCAGAGCAACGCGCAAUCAGCGCGUUCACGUGAGAAUCACUCAAGUCCGCCCGGGGCUCGCACCGUCAAAUCUUACUGGAAGACGUCACUCGAACAUCCGACGAAAAAUCCUUCUUCUGGGCGAGAAGGCCCUCGGGAUCCAUACAUUUAUCCUGCGGAACAGCCGCCAGCCGUGCCAGCCGGCCAGAAGCGACCUGUGAAGCACGGCGUACAGAUAGGAAAAGGCGUUGAGUAUGUACACAAUCUUGGCACUCCUAAGUACCUCGACACAUUGAGCGAACCGUACGCCGUCUUCACAUUCAAGUACCGUAGUGCCAAAGAGCUGGAGAAGCUAGUCGGAAAAAGCGUGCAGGAUGACGUUCGUAUUUUAAACGAGAGCGUUCGAAGACAGCAACUAUUGAAGCUCCCUGGAGAGAAGCUGGUGGAGCAGUUGAUGCGUUCGAAGGUCACCACCGCCUCGCGAUCAAUGGCCAGUCAUGAGGAGGCUGACACCGAACCGUCUUGGAACGGACCGCUCAAGACGGAUUCAAAGAAUGAAAACAAAACUGAUUGGCUGAAUGCCCAACCAAGCAGCAGAAGUGGCAAGCAGGAUAAGAAGUCGAGAGUAUCCUCAAAAUCUCGUCAGCACUUCUCGGGCGGAUGCAGCACAAAUGGGGAGCCGAAAGCGGACGCGCAGAGAUAUAAAGAUUGGCAAGAAACCGGCCAAGGCGAAACGAACCGAGAUGCUAAAUGGUAAGACAUCAUGGACACAAUGAUCAUCAUUUCAUCCGCGAUCGACACACAC